AUGCCCAUGGUCGGCGGAAUGACGCUGAAGGUGCUGGUGGAUGCGAUGCUCGCGAAGCCGGAUGGUUACUACGCGUCGUUCGCGACGCUUGCUUUUGAGUCGGGUGCGGCGCGGGGGCAGUUUCAGUCGGACCCGCUUCCGCCGCCGCCCAAGGACAAGAAGGGCGGGAAGGACGGAGGGAAGAAAGGAGGGAAGGAUGGCGGGAAGAAUGGUGGUGGGAAGAAUGGAGGCGAUCAGUUCGGCACUCUUGUCGGCGUGGUCGCAGCGCGUGUCAACGGCUCUAAUGUUGACCUCCAAGGUGACGUCAACGCCACGGGCUGCAUUGACCUCGCCGUCUUUCUCAACGCCACAACUAACGACUACGACAUUCGUUACCACGUACGCGUCAGUCUGAACGACUCUGGCGAGCCCAUUGGUGUGGUCAUCAAGAAGGGCGCUGACGUGGCACUCACCGUGCUCACCAGCGACGCCACGUGGACCAAUCGCACGCUCUCAGACGCCGAGCGCGCCAAGCUGGGCGGCAAACUGACUCCCAAGGGCAAGAAGGGCAAGCAGCCGCCUCCCCCGCCUCCCCCUCCCCUCGGGUACAACUACGAAACCUCCGGCACUUGGCUAAGCGCCAGUACUUUGACGGCGGAUAACGGGCAGACGUAUAAGGAGCUGGUGGAUGCCAUGCUGGCUGCUCCUGACGCUUACUCUGCCUUCAUCUACACCAGCUCGUUCCAGGCUGGUGCAGCGAAAGGUGCUUUUGCGAAUGUCACCAAGGAUGGGGAACGGUCGGGACACGGCACAAACUACGGCGCUGCUGGCGAAGGUGCCGUCGACGUCCAAACCCAGGCAUUCCGCACGCAUCAAAGAUCCAGGAAGCACAAACGGUCCGUCAAGAGACAGGCCCUGGCGGAGCAGGCGGCUGAGAAGCAGCAGCGCAUCAUCGACUGCCCAAAGGCUGGAGACAUCCAGCGUUUCGGCACCUUGCAGAGCGACAGACACCAGGCUUCCCCAAGAAUGGCUACGGUGCUUAUUACACCAGACGUGACGGUGCUCUGCUCUAUCGUCUCCUCGUGGACGGACAGCAACGGCCCGCAGAAACAGUCGAGGCAAAGCCUCCCUCCUCAAACCCACCUCCCCUUCUCUCCCUGUUACCCUCCUUUCUCUCCUGGCCACAUCAUGUUGUGCAGAGAGGCGCUGGCAGCCAAGGACGCCGCCACUGCAGUCCCUGAGCUGGGCCUAAUCGACUAUAUGCUGAAGGAACUCGCGGAAUACCUGGGAAGGUCGCAUCCCUCUCACAAUGAGUUCAAAGAGCUGCAGGAGGUGUUCUGCCAGACAAACCUUGAGCUGCAGGGAAUUCACGCAGUUCGUUGGCUGAGCCGAGGCGAUGCCAUCACGCGCUUGGUGCGAGUGCUCCCUGCUGUCAUCGUGCUCAUGUGGGAGUGGGACGACGACUUCUACCCGAUUGUGACUUCUGUGAAAUUCAAUGUGUAUCUCUAUUACCUCGCCGACAUGCUCCUCAUCCUCAACAACCUCAACCUGGAGUUUCAGAAGCGGGAGGUCGACAUGACAUCGGUGCAGUCGACGGUGCGCCGCACCUUGAUCACCAUCCGUACGCGCUACAUCGAGUGCGGCAAUGACUUCGGUGGCGGCCCACAACAACAUCUCGGGGCCUUCCUAGCCAGGCUCAGAAAGUCUCCGAAAGUCACGGUGGAUGGCGUGGACAAGGAGGGGCGGCCGCGAAAACACAGCUUCGAGCUGCACGAGGAGCCAUUGACGGGCUACAGCAAGACACCGGAUGACUUGCAAUCGUGCCUCGAUGUCUGCCGCCGCCACGCCAAGUCGACACUCAGCCACCUCCAGAGGAGGCUGGGGGAUCUCGAAAGCCUGAACGGUUUCAGGCUUUUUAUGCUAGACACGUACCCUGAGGACACGGAGGGGCGCGCUGAGGAGUGCCUCGAGCACUUCGAGACUCUCGUGGACUUGUUCCAUGCCCGCGAGCGAGCAGACAUUCUCCCAGUUGUGGAUUUGUGGCGCAGCAGCAAGAAGAGGAGGCCUAUUAGGAGAAGGGAGAAGCAGAGGCACAGGCCAGUGAGUGCGGCGGGGAAGGGGAACGUGUUGGAGGACGGACAAGAAGCAGAUACUGAACAUGGCAGCAGCAGCAGCAACGACAGUGGGUUUAGUAGCAGCAGCGAAGAUGAUGAUGAGUGA